AUGAGCAACAAUUUUUAUCGUAUGAUGAUCCUCUUAGAGGAAGAACUAGAGCAACCAAUCGAAAACCUCAGCGAUACUAAAUCUGAAAAGAAUGAUGAUAAUAAAGAAGACACAAAGAAAUCACACGAAUUUAUCGAUGAACUCAUACUACCUUUCAAAGUUGAUCAAUUAGAUACUCUUAAUACUUGGUUUGACAAGUUUGAUGAAGAAAUUUGCAUACCAAAUGAAGGACAUAUAAAAUAUGAGAUUACAAGUGAUGGUUUGAUCGUACUAAUUUUAGAUAAGGAUAUGGAAAGUGUGAUUGCUAAAGUUAGAAAGUUUGUUGAACUUAACAAAUAA